AUGAGCACCAAGCGCCGUGUGACUGGAGCUGGCCCCCCGGAAGUGGCUCGCGGUCAAAAGCGUCGGAAAGUGUCUGAUGACAACCUUGCGAACCAAGAGAACUCCCCGCCGGCAGAUGAGGUGGAGGAAAAUGGCAGCUCCGACCCCCAUGACGGAAGCCCCGAGGCGGAUUUUGAAGGCGACAACAUCCAAACUGCCCAGGACAAGAUCAUGUCGGAGCUUCUAAAACUAAAGGAUUCCGAUGGCGAAGAAGUUGCUUACCCUUUCAUUGGAAAGCCGGAUCGCAAUCUCUAUCGGGACUAUUAUGAGAUCAUUCAGCAUCCAGUAUCGCUGCGAAGCAUUCAACAGAAGGUGCGCGGCACCGAGAGCCGUCGAAAGCCGUCGAAAACUACCGCGUUCCCGACCUGGGAAUCCUUUGAAGAUGAAGUCAGCUAUAUCUGGCGCAACGCAAGAGAGUACAACGAGGACGAUAGCGAUAUUGUUGAGUAUUUCAACCGGCGACUGGCCGAAGCGAAAAAGCUAGUACCGGAUUCCAGCCAGGUAGAUGGUGACCCUGAAAUGCCUCGUAUAAAAUUGAAGAUGAGCGCAAGGGAUUCAGAGCAGGUGGCGCAAAGGUUAACAUUGAAGAUGUCUGGGCAGGCAUCUGAGACACCCACCAAAGAUGGGCCGUCAACAAGUGUUGCAGUUGAUAACGAGUCACUGAAACGACAACAAGAGCUCGUGAGAACUGGAUCGAUGAGUCAGGAUGCAGAUACGUCCUGCAUGUCUCCUCGGACACGAUAUCUUCGGCGACUCGGCAGCCCCAGAUCUAGUGCGGCCACCACACCAUCUGCCCCGGAGCAAUCGUACGGAGCGCUCAUGAAUGGGCGAGAGGUCUCCAGAGCAAUUAAAGACGAGUCUUCCAUGGCCCCGUCCCAGAGUGCAGAGCUGCGUUCUUCCCAUGGUCUCCAUGGCGUUCCCCUUGAGUCAACUAGCUGGACUCAGUACGAUGGUAUGGCAGAUUCUCUCCCUCUCUCGCUCGUGUUUCACUUCAUCGCCGCAGAACUAUCUUCCCCGCAAUCCAUGCUGACACAUGCAAUCUCAACCCCAGCAUCAAUUCAUCAAACAACCGAUGCGUCGUCACCUAUGGAUUCUCUCCUUAGGCGACCGGGUCAAGAUGCAGCUUCUGCCCUGAUCCGCAAUAUAUCCCCCCCCUCGGCGACCGUUUGUCAACAGACGAUCACGAUCAGUCUUCCAUCCUCGCAUCACGUGUUGACCAUCAAGCCUAUACUAGCGGCUAGCACACCCCAAAAACAAACGAAGAUUGUUGCCCUGACGGGCACCCAUCGACUUCAGCCAUCUGGGGAUGUGUCUGCGCUGGCGUAUGACAUCCAACUCCACCCGGGCACCACGAAGGUUGACCUUGAAGCCAUUGCUGGCCCGCCAAGAGGUGUUCCUAAAACCGGUACCCCGGGCUCAGAUGUUGACUAUGAACGAGUUACUAUCCUUUUCAAUCUGCUGCGAUGA